GCUUGCACGCUCCUUCGGGAACAGCACGGCAGACAUUAGCAGAGAGCGGGCGUGAGUGACAGGCUGCGGGAGAUCACGCAGACACCCCUAUAUGGCCGUGGAUUAGCUAUAUGCUAAUAUCGAUAAUAGAGAGGAGAGGCAGCGAGGUGCUGCGAGCCGACAGUGGAGGCAUCCAGAGUCUGAACAGGCUCCUCAACAGCCAUGGCUGAAGGCGGAGAAGGCGAAGAUGAAAUUCAGUUUCUCAGAACUGAUGAUGAAGUGGUUCUCCAGUGUGUUGCCUGCAUCCAGAAAGAGAAUCGCAAGUUCUGCCUGACCGCCGAGGGGCUCGGCAAUCGCCUAUGCUACCUGGAACCCACGUCAGAGGCGAAGUAUGUUCCUCCUGAUCUGUGCAUCUGUAACUUCGUGCUGGAGCAGUCUCUGUCUGUGCGUGCACUGCAGGAGAUGCUGGCUAAGACUGGGCCCAACAGUGAGGGGGCGGCGCAGGGAGGAGGACACAGGACCCUUCUCUACGGACAUGCCAUCCUCCUCAGACACUCUUUCAGUUCCAUGUACUUGACCUGUCUGAAGACAUCCAGGUCCCAGACAGAUAAGCUGUCCUUUGAUGUGGGGCUGCAGGAAGACUCCACAGGUGAAGCCUGUUGGUGGACCAUUCACCCUGCGUCCAAACAGAGGUCAGAGGGCGAGAAGGUUCGCAUCGGGGAUGACCUCAUCCUGGUCAGCGUCUCAUCAGAACGCUACCUGCACCUGUCCAUCUCCAACGGCAACAUCCAGGUGGACGCGUCCUUCAUGCAGACCCUCUGGAACGUUCAUCCAACCUGCUCCGGCAGCAACGUGGAGGAGGGUUACCUGCUGGGAGGUCAUGUGAUGCGUCUGUUCCAUGGCCACGACGAGGUGCUGACCAUCCCCGGUUCAGAGCACAGCGACGAACAGCAGAGGAUAGUGAACUAUGAGACGGGGAAAGCUGGUGCCAAGGCCCGGUCCCUGUGGAGGCUGGAACCACUACGCAUCAGCUGGAGUGGGAGCUACAUCCGCUGGAGUCAGCCCUUCCGCCUGCGUCACCUGACCAGCGGUCACUACCUGGCGCUGGCUGAGGAGCGGGGCCUGGUGCUGCUGGAGAGGGAGAGAGCGGAUACCAACUCCACUGCCUUCUGCUUCAGAGCCUCCAAGGACAAGCUGGAGAGCAGUCCCAAGAGAGAUGUGGAGGGCAUGGGCGUGGCUGAGAUCAAGUAUGGAGACUCCCUCUGCUUCGUCAUGCACGUGGCCACGGGGCUCUGGCUGUCCUAUCAGGCGCCCGAUGUCAAGUCUGCCCGCCUCGGCCCUCUCAAGAGACGGGCCUGUCUUCACUCUGAAGGUCACAUGGACGACAGUCUGACCCUGCAGCGCUGUCAGCACGAGGAGUCCUGUGCUGCACGCAUCAUCCGCAACACCACCCGUCUGUUCAGCCGCUUCAUCAGGGACCUGGACUGUCUGGGAGGGAAGACCCGUGCAUCUGUGGCCCCGCCCAUCCAGGAAGUCCUCCAGACCCUCAACGACCUCAUCUCCUACUUCCUGCUUCCUGCCGCCGACCUGGAGCACGAACAGAAGCAGAUCAAGCUGCGCUCGCUCAAGAACCGCCAGAACCUUUUCAAACAGGAAGGCAUGCUGACGCUGGUGUCCAGCUGCAUCGACCGUCUCAACAUGUACAACAGCGCCGCUCACUUUGGAGAGUGUGCCGGGGCCGAGGCUGGGGCUGCCUGGAAGGACAUCCUCAACCUGCUCUACGAGCUGCUGGCUGCGCUAAUCCGAGGGAAUAGGAACAGCUGUACCCAGUUCUCCAACAACCUGGACUGGCUGAUCAGCAAGCUGGAGAGACUGGAGUCCUCCUCAGGCAUCCUGGAGGUUCUUCACUGCAUCCUGAUCGAGAGCCCUGAGGCCCUGAACAUCAUCCAGCGAGGGCACAUCCAGUCCAUCAUCUCCCUACUCUACAAGCAUGGACGCAACCACAAGAUCCUGGACGUGCUCUGCUCUCUCUGUGUGUGUAACGGUGUAGCUGUGAGAGCCAAUCAGAACCUGAUCUGUGACCACCUACUGCCGAGGAGAGAUCUUCUCCUCCAGACCCGCCUGGUUAACGACGUCCAGAGCAUGAGGCCCAACAUCUUCCUGGGGGUGAGCGAGGGCUCCGCCCAGUACAGGAAAUGGUACUACGAGCUGAUGAUUGACCAGGUGGUGCCCUUUCUGACCAGCGAGCCGUCACACCUGCGUGUGGGCUGGGCCAGCACCAAGGGAUACGCCCCCUACCCAGGGGGCGGCGAGGGCUGGGGGGGCAAUGGGGUGGGGGACGAUCUCUACUCCUAUGGCUUUGACGGACUUCACCUCUGGUCAGGUCGUAUCCCAAGGGCGGUAGCCUCAGUGAACCAUCACCUCCUGACGGGUGAUGACGUGGUGAGCUGCUGUCUGGACCUGGGCGCUCCCAGCGUCUCCUUCAGGAUCAACGGCCAGCCCGUCCAGGGCAUGUUCGAGAACUUCAACACCGCCGGGCUGUUCUUCCCUGUGGUCAGCUUCUCUGCUGGGGUCAAGGUGCGUUUCCUGUUGGGGGGUCGCCAUGGCGACUUCAAGUUCCUGCCGCCGUCGAGCUACGCUCCGUGCUGCGAGGCCCUGCUGCCCAGGGAGAAGAUGCGCGUGGAGCCUGUGAAGGAGUACAAGAGGGAUGAGGAGGGGGUGAGGGACCUUCUGGGCACCACCCAGCUGCUGUCACAGGCCUCCUUCAUCCCCACACCUGUGGAGACCAGCCAGGUGGUCAUGCCCUCCCACCUGGAGAAGGUCCGAGACAAGCUGGCUGAGAACAUCCACGAGCUGUGGGGCAUGAACAAGAUCGAGCUGGGAUGGUCCUACGGCAAGAUAAGGGAUGACAACAAGCGCCAGCACCCCUGUCUGGUGGAUUUCUCCAAAUUACCUGAAACUGAGAAGAAUUACAACCUGCAGAUGUCCACAGAAACGUUGAAGACCCUGUUGGCUCUGGGCUGCCAUGUGGUCCAGGUCAACCCCAAUGCUGAAGAUGAUCUGAAGAGGAUUAAACUCCCAAAGAACUACAUGAUGUCUAACGGCUACAAGCCCAGCCCUCUGGGGCUGGCGGAGGUGAGGCUGAGCCCGGCUCAGGAGCUGCUGGUGGACCGGCUGGCUGAGAACGCUCACAACGUCUGGGCCAAGGACCGCAUCAAGCAGGGCUGGACCUACGGCAUCCAGCAGGAUGUGAAGAGCAAGCGUAACCCUCGCCUGGUGCCCUAUAACCUGCUGGACGAGCGCACCAAGAAGUCCAACAGGGACAGCCUCCGGGAGGCCAUCCGCACUCUGAUUGGCUAUGGGUAUAACAUCGACCCACCUGACCAGGAAGGCGGUCACAUUGUGGAGAGGCUGAGCAUUGAGAAGGUCCGCUUCUUCCGAGUGGAGCGCACUUACGCCGUGCGGACGGGGAAGUGGUACUUUGAGUUUGAGGCGGUGACGGGCGGGGACAUGCGUGUGGGCUGGGCGCGGCCGGGCUGCAGGCCUGACGUGGAGCUGGGCUUGGACCACCUGGCCUUCGUGUUCGACGGGUUCAGGGGUCAGCGUCUGAACCAGGGUGGUCGUUUCUUCGGGCGCUGCUGGCGUGCGGGGGACGUGGUGGGCUGCAUGAUCAACAUGGAGGACAAGUCCAUGAUCUUCACCCUCAACGGAGAGAUCCUCAUCACCAGCAGCGGCUCUGAACUCUGCUUUGCUGACUUUGAGACCGAGGACGGGUUCAUCCCAGUGUGCAGCCUGGGUCUGUCCCAGGUGGGGCGCAUGAACCUGGGCAAGGACGCCAGUACCUUCAGCUACUACACCAUGUGUGGUCUGCAGGAGGGAUUUGAACCGUUUGCCGUCAACAUGAACCGAGAAGUCACCAUGUGGUUCAGCAAGCGUCUGCCCACCUUUGUCAACGUGCCAAAAGACCACAACUCCAUAGUGGUCAGCCGUAUUGACGGGACGGUGGACUCCCCCCCCUGUCUGAAGGUGUCUCUGCGGACAUGUGUUCAGAGCAGCCAGGCUGACAUGCUGUUUUGCAGACUCAGCAUGCCUGUGGAGUUCCACCCUGUGUUCAACACCAGCCCCACCCUCCACAUGAACGGCCUGCAUGACGAUGACACCCUCAAGCUCAAACACAGGUAUCCUCUGAGGGCUGUGAAGCACAGUGACGAGACCAGGCGGGUGGACUACAGCAGCAUCACCACGUACUACCACUCUCUCAGGGUGUUCGCUGGACAAGACCCUUCCUGUGUGUGGGUGGGCUGGGUCACCCCAGACUACCAUUACUAUAGCAACAACUUCCACCUCAGCAAGAACCGGACAGUCACGGUUACCCUGGGAGACGAGCGUGGGCGUGUCCACGAGAGUGUUAAGAGGAGUAACUGCUACAUGGUGUGGGGGGGUGACGUGUGCAGCAGUGGUCAGUCAUCUCGGCGCAGUAGCGUUGACCUGGAGAUAGGCUGUCUGAUCGACCUGGCCACCGGCCUGGUCACCUUCACCGUCAACGGCAAGGACAUCGCCACCUCCUACCAGGUGGAACCCAACACCAAACUCUUCCCUGCUGUGUUUGUGCGACCAACAAGCCCCAAUCUGUUCCAGUUUGAGCUGGCUAAAAUCAAGAAUGCCAUGCCCCUGUCGUCGGCCAUCUUUAAGAGUGAGCUGAGGAACCCGGUGCCCCAGUGUCCUCCUCGGCUAGACGUCCAGACCAUCCAGGCGGUGCUGUGGAGCCGCAUGCCCAACACCUUCCUCAGGGUGGACACGGGCCGGGUCAGCGACAGGCAUGGCUGGGGGGUGCAGUGUCUGGAGCCCCUGCAGAUGAUGGCUGUCCACAUCCCAGAGGAAAACAGGUGUGUGGACAUCAUGGAGCUGUCGGAGCUGGAGGAGUUGAGGACGUUCCACCACCACACCCUGAAGCUGUACGGGGCUCUCUGCGCCCUGGGCAACACCCGCGUGGCUCACGCCCUCUGCAGCCACCUCGACCAAUCACAGCUCCUCUACACCAUCGACAACCAGUACCUGUCGGGCGUGCUGCGUGAGGGCUUCUACAACGUCCUCAUCAGCAUCCACCUGGAGACGGCCAAGGAGGCGCGCCUCAUGAUGAACAACGAGUUCAUCAUCCCCGUCACCGCCGAGACCCGCUCCAUUCGCCUGUUCUCCAACUCCUCCCACAAACACCUCCCACCGGGGGUGGGGCUAAGCACCUCGCUCAAGCCCCGCCUCAACUUCGUCCCGCCCUGCUUCGUGAGCGGCCAACGGGAUCCCCAGAGCUUCAGCCCUCAGAUCCCGCUGGACGCGCUGAAGGAGAAGGCCAUCUGCAUGCUGACAGAGGCCGUGCAGGGCGGAGGGCACCACAUCAGGGACCCUGUAGGGGGCAGCGUGGAGUACGAGUUUGUGCCCAUCCUCAAACUGAUUGGCACGCUGCUCACCAUGGGCGUGCUGGGCAGCGAGGACGUGCAGAAGAUCCUGCUUCUCAUCCACCCCAGCGUGUUCGGAGACACGAGCGAGGAAGCGGUUGCCGCGGUAGCGGAGGCGACGGAGAAAGAGGGGCUGAAGGGGGCGGAGGAGAAGGAAGUUGAGGCGGGGGAGGAGGAGGAGGCGAGUGAGGCCAAGCAGCCAAUGAAAGGGCUUUUGGAGAAGAGACUGCCUGAGCCAGUGAAACGACAGAUGUGUGAGCUGCUGCACUACUUCUGUGACUGUGAACUGAAGCAUCGUGUGGAGGCCAUCGUGUCCUUCUCAGACCGCUUCGUCUCCAAGCUGCAGUACAACCAGAAGUUCCGCUACAACGAGCUCAUGCUAGCCCUCAACAUGUCCGCCGCUGUCACAGCCAGGAAGACAAAGGAGUUCCGCUCUCCUCCCCAGGAACAGAUCAACAUGCUGCUGAGCUUCAGUUCUGGGGAGGACUGCCCCUGUCCAGAGGACAUCCAGGAAGAGCUGUACAACUUCCACAAGGAGCUGCGUCUGCACUGUGGCAUCCCGAUGGAGGAGGAGGAGCAGGGGCAGGACACGUCCAUCACAGGCCGUCUCCUCGCUCUGGUCUACAGGGUCAAAGGUCACCAGCAGAGAGCUGAGGAGACACCCAGCAGACUGGCACAUGAAGAGGACACCCCCUCCAACCUGAAGGAGCUGAUCUCCCAGACCAUGGUGAGCUGGUCCCAGGAGAGCCACAUCCAGGACCCCCAGCUGGUCCGCAAGAUGUUCAGCCUGCUGCGGCGCCAGUACGACGGGAUCGGGGAGCUGCUGAGGGCCAUGAGGAAGACCUACUCCAUCUCCUCUGCCUCCGUGCCCGACACCAUCUCCCUGCUGGCCUCACUGGGCCAGAUCCGCUCGCUGCUCUCCGUGCGCAUGGGCAAGGAGGAGGAGAAGCUGAUGAUCGACGGACUGGGGGACAUCAUGAACAACAAGGUGUUCUACCAGCACCCUAACCUGAUGCGCGUGCUGGGCAUGCACGAGACCGUCAUGGAGGUGAUGGUCAACGUGCUGGGAGGAGGCAAAUCCCAGGAAAUAGCCUUCCCCAAGAUGGUGGCGAGCUGCUGUCGCUUCCUGUGCUACUUCUGCCGGAUCAGCCGUCAGAACCAGAAGGCCAUGUUCGACCACCUGAGCUACCUGCUUGAGAACAGCAGUGUGGGACUGGCCUCCCCAGCCAUGAGGGGCUCCACCCCCCUGGACGUGGCGGCCUCUUCAGUGAUGGACAACAACGGCCUGGCCCUGGCUCUGGAGGAGCCCGACCUGGACAAGGUGGUGACGUACCUGGCUGGCUGUGGUCUCCAGAGCUGCCCCAUCUUGCUGGAUAAGGGCUACCCAGACAUAGGCUGGAACCCCAUCGAGGGCGAGCGCUACCUCUCCUUCCUGCGCUUUGCUGUCUUUGUCAACGGUGAGAGUGUGGAGGAGAACUCCAGUGUGGUGGUGAAGCUGCUGAUCAGGCGUCCGGAGUGUUUCGGUCCCGCCCUGAGAGGGGAGGGCGGGAACGGCCUGCUGGCUGCCAUGAAGGAAGCCAUCAAGAUCUCAGAGAACCCCGCCCUCGACCUGCCCAGCGCCGCCCAGGGUGUCAGCUCAGACAUCUCUGGUGAGGAUGAGGAGGAGGAAGAGGUGGUGCACAUGGGCAACGCCAUCAUGUCCUUCUACUCUGCUCUCAUCGACCUACUGGGGCGCUGCGCCCCCGAGAUGCACCUGAUAAACAAGGGGAAGGGAGAAGCCCUGCGAGUGCGAGCCAUCCUGCGCUCCCUGGUGCCCACUCAGGACCUGGUGGGAAGCAUCAGUCUGCCCUUCAAGAUGCCCACCGUCAACAAAGACGGGGAGGUGACCGAGCCAGACAUGGCGGCCAGCUUCUGCCCGGACCACAAGGCCCCCAUGGUGCUGUUCCUGGACCGUGUGUACGGCAUCGAGGACCAGAGCUUCCUGCUGCACCUGCUGGAGGUGGGCUUCCUGCCUGACCUGAGGGCCUCCGCCUCCCUGGACACGGAGGCGCUGAGCACCACAGAGAUGGCCCUGGCCAUGAACCGCUACAUCGGCUCGGCCAUGCUGCCCCUGCUGACUCGCUGCGCCCCGCACUUCGCUGGCUCAGAGCAGUACGCCUCGCUGGUGGACUCCACCCUGCACACCGUCUACCGGCUGUCCAAAGGCCGCUCGCUCACCAAGGCCCAGCGAGAUGCCAUCGAGGAGUGUCUGCUGGCCGUGUGCAGGUACCUGAGGCCCUCCAUGCUCCAGCAGCUGCUGCGGAGGCUGGUGUUUGAUGUUCCUCUGCUGACCGAGUACUGCAAGAUGCCUCUCAGGCUUCUGACCAAUCACUACGAGCAGAGCUGGAAGUACUACUGCCUGCCGGUGGGCGGGGCCAGCAGUGGCUCCGCCUCCGACGCUGAGCUGCUCCUCACCAAGAAGAUCUUCUGGGGCGUCUUCGACUCGCUGGCCCAGAGGAAGUAUGACCCAGACCUCUUCAAGAUGGCCAUGCCCUGCCUCAGUGCGAUCUCCGGGGCCCUGCCCCCCGACUACAUGGAGCCAUGGGUCUGUGCCAGCCUGGAGCAGACGGUGUCUGUGGACGGCCACGGCAGCUUGGAGCCCAGGCCCAUCAACACCUCCAGCAUAUCUCUCCCGGAGAAGCUGGAGCACGUUGCCAACAAGUAUGCAGAGCACUGUCAUGACAGAUGGGCAGCAGAGAAGGUUCUGCUGGGCUGGAAGUAUGGAGACUGUGUGGACGAAAAGGCCAAGACCCACCCUCAACUCAGGACCUACAAAGGACUCACAGAGAAGGAGAAGGAGGUCUACAGGUGGCCGGUGAGAGAGUCUCUGAAGAGCAUGCUGGCUGUUGGCUGGAGCAUCGACAGGACCAGGGAUGGAGAGACCACGUCCCUGCAGAGGGAGACUGAGAAGAUGAGGAAGAUCUCCCAGACCUCCUCCCAGGCGAAUGGAUUCUACCCAAGCCCUCUAGACACUAGCAACGUGGUUUUGUCUAAAGAACAGCAGGGCAUGGUGGAGGUGGUGGCAGAGAAUCAUCACAACAUCUGGGCCAAGAAGAAGAAGACGGAGCUUGGAAGCAGAGGUGGAGGCAGCCAUCCCCUGCUGGUGCCCUACGACACCCUGACCACCAAGGAGAAGGCUCGGGACCGCGACAAGGCCCAGGAUCUCAUCCGCUUCCUACUGCUCAACGGAUACACUCUCACACGAGGACUGAAGGACCAGGACCAGGACUCGUCCUCCCUGGAGAAGAGGUUCGCUUACAAGUUCCUCAAGAAGCUCCUGCAGUAUGUGGACUCGGCCCAGGAGUUCAUCGCCCACCUGGAGGCCAUGGCGUCCAGUGGGAAAACUGACAGAUCACCUCACGAGCAGGAAAUCAAGUUCUUUGCCAAAGUCCUACUGCCUCUCAUAGACCAGUACUUCAAGAAUCACUCUCUCCACUUCCUUUCGUCUCCCAGCCUGGCGCUGAGUAGCAGUGGCUACGCCUCCAACAAGGAGAAGGAGCUGGUGACCAGCCUGUUCUGUAAACUGGCAGCUCUUGUCAGACAUAGGAUUUCCCUCUUUGGUAGUGACUCAACCUCCAUGGUCAACUGUCUUCACAUCCUGGCACACACCCUGGACACCAGGACGGUGAUGAAGUCAGGCGCAGAGCUGGUGAAGGCGGGCCUGAGGACGUUCUUCGAGAACGCGGCAGAGGAUCUGGAGAAGACCCUGGGGAACCUGGAGCUGGGCAAGUUCACACACUCCCGCUCCCAGAUGAAGGGUGUGUCUCAGAACAUCAACUACACCACCGCGGCCCUGCUGCCCAUCCUCACCGCCCUGUUCCAGCACAUCUCCCAGCACCACCUGCAGCUGGACCUCAUCUUGGAUGACGUGCAGGUGUCCUGCUAUCGUAUCCUGACCAGUCUCUAUGCUCUCGGGACUGGAAAGAACAUCUAUGUUGAGAGACAGCUGCCCGCCCUGGGGGAGUGUCUGGCCACCCUGGCCGGGGCCAUGCCUGUGGCCUUCCUGGAGCCCCUGCUCAACACACACAACCCCUGCUCCGUGUUCAGCACCAAGACAGCCCGCGAACGAGCCAUGCUAGGCAUGCCUGAGGCUGUGGAGGACAUGUGUCCAGACAUGCCCCGCCUGGAGGUGCUGAUGAAGGACAUCAACGACAUGGCCGAGUCCGGGGCUCGCUACCCGGAGAUGGCCCACGUCAUCGAGGUGGUGCUCCCCAUGCUGUGUAACUACCUGUCCUACUGGUGGGAGAGGGGCCCUGAGAACCAGGACCCUGGGGGCUGCUGCAGCACUGUCACCUCCGAGCACCUCAGCCUCAUCCUGGGGAACAUCCUCAAGAUCCUCAACAGCAACCUGGGCAUCGACGAGGCCUCCUGGAUGAAGAGGAUCGCAGUGUACGUGCAGCCAAUCAUCAGCAAGGCCAGAGCUGACCUGCUGAAGAGCCACUUCCUGCCCACGCUGGACAAGCUGAGGAAGAAGACGGUGAAGGUGGUGUGUGAGGAGGAGCAGCUGAAGGCGGAGGGGAGGGGAGACACUCAGGAGGCAGAGCUGCUCAUCCUGGACGAGUUUGCCGUGCUCUGCCGCGACCUGUAUGCCUUCUACCCCAUGCUCAUCCGAUAUGUGGACAACAACAGGUGUCGUUGGCUGAAGGAGCCGGAUGAUGACUCCAACGAGCUUUUCAGAAUGGUGGCAGAGAUCUUCAUACUCUGGUGCAAAUCACACAACUUCAAAAGGGAAGAGCAGAACUUUGUGGUUCAGAAUGAAAUCAACAACCUGUCCUUCCUGACUGGGGACAACAAGAGCAAAAUGUCUAAGGCAGGGGGGCAGGACCAAGAGAGGAAACACAGGAAGCGCCGAGGGGAGUUCUACUCCAUCCAGACCUCGCUGAUCGUGGCGGCGCUGAAGAAGAUGCUGCCCAUCGGCCUCAACAUGUGCACCCCUGGAGACCAGGAGCUCAUCUCCCUGGCCAAGACCCGCUACGGCCUGAAAGAUUCAGACGAGGAGGUCAAGGAGCACCUCCGACAGAACCUGCACUUGCAGGUGAAGUCAGAAGACCCUGCUGUGCGCUGGCAGCUGAACCUGUACCGCCACGUGGUGGUGAAGAACGGAGGCCCUCCAGACCCAGAGAAGACUGUGGAGAGAGUCCAGAGCAUCUCCGCUGCCGUCUUCAACCUGGAGCAGGUGGAGCAGCCGCUGAGGUCUAAGAAGUGUGUGUGGCAGAAGCUGCUGUCCAAGCAGAGGAAACGAGCUGUGGUGGCCUGUUUCCGCAUGGCUCCUCUCUACAACCUGCCCAGGCAUCGUUCUAUUAACCUCUUCCUCCUGGCCUAUCAGAGAAUAUGGAUAGAGACAGAGACCUACUCUUUUGAAGAGAAGCUAGUUCAGGACCUGGCAAAGACACAGCUUGAGGAAGAGGAGGAAGAGGAGGCAGACAAACAGCCAGACCCUCUUCAUCAGCUCAUCCUGCAUUUCAGUCACAACGCUCUCACUGAGUGCAGCUCGUUGGAGGAGGAUCCUCUGUAUAUUGCGUACGCAGACAUGAUGGCCAAGAGCUGUGCUGAAGACGAGGAGGAGGAAGAGGAGGAGGGGAAAGAGAAAACCUUUGAGGAGAAGGAGAUGGAGAAGCAGAAGACGUUGUACCAGCAGGCCAGACUCCACGACAGAGGGGCCGCUCAGAUGGUGCUGCAAAUGAUCAGCGCCAGCAAAGGUCGACUUGGUCCAAUGGUGACAUUCUCCCUCCAGCUGGGCAUCUCCAUCCUGAACGGAGGCAACAUACUGGUGCAGCAGAAAAUGUUGGACUACCUGAAGGAAAAGCGAGACGCUGGGUUUUUUAAGAGUUUAUCAGGACUGAUGCAGUCUUGCAGUGUCCUGGACCUGAACGCCUUUGAGCGUCAGAACAAGGCAGAGGGUCUGGGCAUGGUGACUGAAGAGGGAUCGGCAGGUUCCAAAGUCCUGCAGAACGAUGAGUUCACUAAGGACCUCUUCAGGUUCCUGCAGCUGCUGUGUGAGGGCCACAAUAACGACUUUCAAAACUUCCUGAGGACUCAGACAGGGAACACCACCACUGUCAAUAUUAUCAUCAGCACAGUGGACUACCUUCUCAGACUGCAGGAGUCUAUCAGUGACUUCUACUGGUACUACUCAGGGAAGGACGUGAUGGAUGAAGCAGGUCAGAGGAACCUUUCCAGAGCCUUGGCUGUAGCCAAGCAGAUCUUCAACUCCCUCACCGAGUACAUCCAGGGUCCCUGCAUAGGGAACCAGCAGAGCUUGGCUCACAGCAGGCUAUGGGAUGCAGUGGUGGGUUUCCUGCACGUGUUUGCCAACAUGCAGAUGAAGCUGUCACAGGACUCCAGCCAGAUUGAGUUACUGAAGGAGCUGCUGGACCUGCAAAAGGACAUGAUCGUGAUGAUGCUGUCGCUGCUGGAAGGAAACGUUGUCAACGGAACAAUCGGCAAGCAGAUGGUGGACACGCUGGUGGAAUCUUCUAACAACGUGGAGAUGAUCCUCAAGUUCUUUGACAUGUUCCUGAAGCUGAAGGACCUGACCACCUCCGACAGCUUCAAGGAGUACGACCCAGACAGCAAGGGGGUCAUCUCCAAGAAGGAGUUCCAGAAGUCCAUGGAGAACCAGAAGCAGUACUCUCAGUCAGAGAUCGAGUUCCUCCUCUCCUGCACUGAGGCGGACGAGAAUGACAUGUUUAACUACCCAGAGUUUGUGGAACGUUUCCACGAGCCGGCCAAGGACAUUGGCUUCAACGUGGCCGUCCUGCUGACCAACCUGUCGGAGCACAUGCCCCACGACCCCCGCCUGGCCACCUUCCUGGACCUGGCAGAGAGCGUCCUCAGCUACUUUGAGCCCUACCUGGGCCGCAUCGAGAUCAUGGGUGGGGCCAAGCGCAUUGAGAGGGUCUACUUUGAGAUCAGCGAGUCCAGCAGGACCCAGUGGGAGAAGCCCCAGGUGAAGGAGUCCAAGAGGCAGUUCAUCUUCGACGUGGUGAACGAGGGCGGAGAGAGCGAGAAGAUGGAGCUGUUUGUCAACUUCUGCGAGGACACCAUCUUCGAGAUGCAGCUGGCCUCUCAGAUCUCGGAGCCGGACGCAGCUGAGCGCCCUGAGGAGGAGGAGGAGGACAGGCAGAGUGUGGGGGAGGAGGGCGAGGAGGAAGAGGAGAGCGUCCUGCUGGAGUCUUCCUCGGCCUUCACCGUGGCCUGUGCCUCCCUGAGGAAGACUGUGUCCAGCCUGCGUCAGCUGCUCACGCUGAGGAGCAUGCGCCGGCAGUACCGCCGCUUCAGGAAGAUGAGCGUGAGGGAGAUGGUGCGAGGAUUCUUCUCCUUCUUCUGGGUGAUUCUCACGGGCCUCCUGCAUCUCCUCCACAGCCUGGUCUGGGGGUUCUUCCACAUCCUGUGGACCACCAUGUUCGGGGGCGGGCUGGUGGAGGGCGCCAGGAACAUGAAGGUGACCGACAUCCUGGGAAACAUGCCCGACCCCACCCAGUUUGGUAUCCACGGCGACGUGCUGGAAGCAGAGAAGCUGGAGGCGAGUGAGCUGGCGGUGCUGGAGCAGAGGGGCCUGGCGCAGGGGGAGUGUGCCGAGGCGGAGCUGAUGGCGGAGCUGCUGGCCGUGCAGGGCCGGAGGGAGGGAGGCAAGCAGGGGGCGGAGCCAGGCCUGGGGGACGUGGCAGAGGUGGUGGGGGUCGACGCCCCCUCCAUAGCUAGCGCGGUCAGGCAGAAGAAGGCUCUGGAGGCUGCGAGGAGUGGCAGUCCAGAGGGAGAGCCCAGAGCAGAGGCCGAGAAGGCAGACUCAGAGGACGGAGAGAAGAGGGACUCGGACAAGGUCAGGGAGGACGUCCAGGCAGAGCCCCCGGUGGAGGAGGAGAGGAAGCCUCCUAAGAAGAGGACCAGCCACAAGAAGGGGAGCCCAGAGGCCUUCAUGACCAGCUUCUUCGCUGGGAUGGACAUCUACCAGACCAAGAUGCUGAACUACCUCGCCCGCAACUUCUACAACCUUCGCUUCCUGGCGCUGUUUGUUGCUUUCGCCAUCAACUUCAUUCUGCUGUUCUACAAAGUGACAGGGGAUGACUCUGAGGAGGACGACCCCUGGAGGGGAGAUGGGGGGCCGGAGGAAGGCUCGUCUGAGUACUUUGUCCUCCAGGAGAGCACUGGCUACAUGGCCCCCACCCUCUGCUUCCUGGCCAUCCUGCACACCAUCAUCUCCUUCCUGUGUGUGGUGGGAUACUAUUACCUGAAGGUGCCCCUGGUGGUGUUUAAGCGGGAGAAGGAGAUCGCCAGGAAACUGGAGUUUGACGGCCUCUACAUCACUGAGCAACCGUCAGAUGACGACAUCAAGGGCCAGUGGGACCGACUGGUCAUCAACACCCCUUCCUUCCCUAACAACUACUGGGACAAAUUUGUGAAACGCAAAGUGAUCAACAAGUAUGGAGAUCUGUACGGCGCCGAGAGGAUCGCAGAACUGCUGGGAUUGGACAAGAGUGCCCUGGACUUCAACCCCACCGAGGAGACGGUGCUGAAGGAGGCUUCACUGCUGUCCUGGCUCAGCUCUAUCGACACUAAGUACCACAUCUGGAAGCUGGGCGUGGUGUUCACAGAUAAUUCUUUCCUGUACCUGGUGUGGUAUACGACCAUGUCCAUCCUGGGACACUACAACAAUUUCUUCUUUGCUGCUCACCUGCUGGACAUCGCCAUGGGCUUCAAGACCCUGCGCACCAUCCUGUCCUCUGUGACGCACAACGGCAAACAGCUGGUCUUGACGGUGGGCCUGCUGGCUGUGGUGGUGUACCUCUACACUGUGGUCGCCUUCAACUUCUUCCGCAAGUUCUAUAACAAGAGUGAAGACGAGGCUGAGCCAGAUAUGAAGUGUGACGACAUGAUGACAUGCUACCUCUUCCACAUGUACGUGGGCGUGCGAGCCGGGGGGGGCAUCGGGGACGAGAUCGAGGACCCGGCGGGCGACCCUUACGAGCUGUACCGCAUCCUCUUCGACAUCACCUUCUUCUUCUUCGUCAUCGUCAUCCUGCUGGCCAUCAUCCAGGGUCUGAUCAUCGACGCCUUCGGAGAGCUGAGAGACCAACAGGAGCAAGUGAAGGAGGACAUGGAGACAAAAUGUUUCAUCUGUGGCAUCGGCAACGACUACUUUGACACAACGCCUCAUGGGUUUGAGACACAUACCUUACAAGAGCACAACUUAGCCAACUACCUGUUUUUCUUGAUGUAUCUCAUCAACAAAGAUGAAACUGAGCACACUGGUCAGGAAUCGUACGUGUGGAAGAUGUACCAGGAGAGGUGCUGGGACUUCUUCCCCGCUGGAGACUGCUUCCGCAAGCAGUACGAAGACCAGCUGAACUAGAGGCCCGUCUGCCAGAGCAGCUUCCCCUGGAGGAUCUCUCUUGGAGGAACAGCAGAUCUCAGACCUGCUGGAUCUUCUCACGAGCAGCUGACCAGCAUCUCCCAUCGCCUGCCCGACGUCCUGAACAGGCUGGAAGAGAGGGCGAAGGCUCUCAUCUUCUCUGAGAAAGAGAGAACCGUUUCACAUCAACGUCCCUGGGCACUGUACCCUCACUAGAGGACGACCUGAGAACGGGACGAUUGUAACUUCAGACAUUAGUUUGUUUUUGUUGUUUUUGACAACUUGAUGCCUUUUCCUCCACGUAACCCCAAACCAUUGCACAAUUUUUUUGUCUUUUUGAGAAACAUUGGGUUGUGUGGGGUUAUGGGACAGUGAGUGGGUCGUAAUAUGCACAAGAUUACUACUUCAAUGUUUUAAGAAUGUUGAAAAACGAGACUUAUGCCAAAAGAGAGGGUGAGUUGAUUUAAAAGAAGUUUUCCAAACAUGACCAUGCUAGCAGAGAUGAGGUGUUAAACUGAAUGACUUGAGCAGGUGAAAGAGGUUUAUUAUAUGAUGAAAUGCCUAAAUCAAGUAUUGACUAAGUGCCUUAUCAACAUUAAAAACCAAGCUAUGCAAAAACCAUUAGGUUUUUUUCUUCAUGGUAUGUAAGUGCAGUAGUUAUCCUGAACCAGGCACUUGUUCUAAAUACAGCAGUUUGUGUUUUUUGUUUCUCAUUUGAAAACAAUUAUGAAUUAAAAUUUAAAAAAAAGUUUAUUCAUUUUUUUUUUUUUUUGCUAAAAUGCAGCAUUCUAACUGCAAAUGUUCACUGUAUAAAACGUUCUAGGUGACACGUCAAAAUAUAUCACAUGUCCGAAUUUAUGGAACACCUCAACAGAUAAUAGAUUGCUAUGUAUGUAUGGCCCUUUGUAUGUUGUAGCUUUGCUG